UCCCCCCGAAUCCUUCCCCACCCCUUCCUUCCCCUUCCCCUCCCUGCCGCCUCCAACUUCUGCUUCGGGGACAGAGCCGGCGGCGACUAUGGGGCCGCGGGCGCUGCUGCUCUGCCUGGCCGCUGCGCUCUCCUCCUGCCAUGGCCCCGGCGUGGACGUGGACACGGUGACCGUCUUCCGCGGGGACGCCGCGGGGGCCUUCGGGCACAGCGUGGCCCAGUUUGGCACCACCGAUGACGGCGGGAUCCUGGUGGGCGCCCCGCUGCAGAGGUCGGGGACGAUUUUCCGGUGCCGGCCCCUCUCCGGGAGCUGCCAGGAGGUGGAUGUCACCGGGUCGCCGAAGGCGGUCAACUCGUCCAUGGGGUUGACGGUGGCCGCGGGGGACAACGGGGUCCUGGCGUGCGGCCCCACGGUGCCCCAAGCCUGCGGGGAGAACCUCCACCUCAACGGCUUCUGCGUCCUCCUCGACGUCAACCUCCAGCAGCUCCAACGCAUCCCGGCCUCCCAACCAGGGUGCCCCAAACGUUCUUCAGACGUGGCGCUCCUCAUCGAUGGCUCGGGGAGCAUCGGCGACCGGGAAUUCCAGACGAUGAAGACCUUCAUUGCCGAGGUGAUGAAGAGGUUCCAGGGCAUGGACACGCAGUUUGCCCUCACCCAGUUCUCCGACAAGAUCGUGGAGCACUUCAACUUCAAGACCUUCCAGAGGUCCCGGGACCCCAUCAGUCUGGUGAGGAAGGUCCAGCAGCUCCGAGGCUUCACCUUCACCGCCUCGGCCAUCCGGAAAGUUCUGACGGAGACGUUUCGGCCCGGCAAAGGGGCGCGAGAAGACGCCAGCAAGGUCCUCAUCGUCGUCACGGACGGAAAGAAGUUUCGGGACCAGCUGUCCUACGAGGACGUCAUCCCGUUGGCCAACAGCAUGGGGGUCACGCGCUACGCCAUCGGGGUGGGCGACGCCUUCCGGCAGCCCGACGCCGUGGCCGAGCUCCACGCCAUCGCCUCGGCGCCCCCCGAGGACCACGUCUUCCGCGUGGACAACUUCGACGCCCUGCAGGGCAUCCAGAACCAGCUGCAGGAGAAGAUCUUCGCCAUCGAGGGCACCCAGUCCGCCCUCGGCAGCUCCUUCCAGCUGGAGAUGGCCCAGGAGGGCUUCAGCGCCCUGCUCACCCCCGAGGGGCCCGUACUGGGAGCGGUGGGCGCCUACGACUGGUCCGGAGGGGUCUUCGUCUACGGCCCCAGCGGGAAGCCCACCUUCGUCAACGCCUCCCGAGGCGCCGGGGACAUGAGCGACGCCUACCUGGGCUACGCGGCCGAGUCCCUGUCCCUGGGGGGCAGCCGGGCGCUGGCGCUGGGGGCCCCCCGCUACGGCCACGUCGGCCGCCUCCUCCUCUUCGGCCUCCGCCGCGGCCCCACGGACACCUGGGAGCUCCUGGCCGACGCCGUGGGGCAGCAGGUGGGCUCCUACUUCGGGGCGUCCCUGUGCGCCCUGCCCCCCCGGGGGGGCGGCUCGGCGGGGGCGCUGCUGGUGGGGGCCCCCAUGUUCUACGGGGACGGCAGCGGGGGGCGCGUGGUCGUCUGCGGGCUGCCGCCGGAGGCCGGGGUGCUGCGCUGCCCGCGCACGCUGCAGGGCCAGCCCGGCCACCCCCUGGGGCGCUUCGGGGCCAGCCUCAGCCGCCUGGGGGACGUGGACGGCGACGGCUGGCACGACGUGGCCGUGGGCGCCCCCAUGGAGGACGACCACCGCGGGGCCGUCUACGUCUUCCGGGGGGAGGAGGGCGGCGUCGCCGCGCACUACAGCCAGCGCAUCGCGGGCGCCCGCUUCCCCAGCGGGCCGCGCCACUUCGGGCAGGCGCUGAGCGGUGGCCGGGACCUGACGGGGGACAGGCUGCCGGACGUGGCCGUGGGCGCCCAGGGACAGGUCCUGCUGCUCAGGUCCCCGCCGCUGCUCAAGGUGCGCGUGGCGGUGGCUUUCCGGCCCCCGGAGGUCCCCGCGGCCGCCUUCGAGUGCCGGGAGGAGGAGGAGGAGGCGGCCAGGGAGGUGGCCGUGGCCGAGGUCUGCUUCGUGGCCACCAAGAAGACCCCCGACAACUUCGGCACCCAGCUCUCCGCCACCCUGCGCUACUGGGCCACCCUGGACGCCGGGCGGGCCACGCGCCGCGCCGCCUUCCCCGGGGGCGCCGCCGGCCUCAACGGGACCCUGCGGGUGGGCGUCGGGCGCCGCUGCCAGACCUUCUCCAUCAGCCUCACGGUGGGUGUGGGGAGGG